UGGCACAUCAGCACUUAUUGUAGAAGCACCUUGACUGCUCUGUUGACAGUCGGGUUAAAGCAAGUGUGCCAAACAAUAUGCCAAAAGUCAUUUAAAAAAAACAAGAAAAAAUGAUAGCCAAAUGGUUUUUUAUUACACACAUGUAGUAUAAACUACUUUAUUAUCUUUCUAGAUGUGAUUCAAACAUACUUCUUUAUCAGUAAUGUAGUGUAUUAUCAGAAAAAUCCAGAACGAUGUAUUUAUAAACCACAACUAGAAAGUUAAAUUAAUAGGUUUUAUAUGCUUGCCAAAUAAUGCAUUUUUCUAUACCAGAUACCCAGGAGUUAUUAGACGAAUCUGGAAACAGUUAUUUGGGGUAUAAUAUACACAUAAACGGAUUGUUUCACUGUACAGUGAGAUAUAAACAACUGCACAAUUUGCACGAACAGUUAAUUAAGGAUUAUGAUGCAAGUCACCUGUCUUUUCCACCGAAAAAGUUUUUUCCUUUAACUAUAAAUCAACAGGAGGAUCGUCGUGGUGCUCUUGAAAAAUAUAUACAAUCAAUAGGACAAAACACGACAAUUAAUAACUCACCAUUGUUAAAUGGAUUUCUACUUAAUGCUCAAUUAGAAACGGAAGGACGUAAUCUUAGAUUAGAGAAUUUGAAUAUUUAUCUGCAUAAUUGGCAAAAAAUUACACUAGAAGUUAUAAAUGCUGAAAAUUCAAAACAGGUUUUAAAAAAACUCUGUCGCCAUAUGAAAUUACCUGAACGAUACGAUUCUUAUUUUUCACUUUUCAUUACUGUACAAGAUGAAGAUGACAAUUUAAGAAUUGUACGUAAACUUCAGGAUUUUGAAUCUCCGGUUAUAACGCUCAAAGCUGCUCAAAGAAGUGACACAAAAAUUAUUUUUGGAAAAUGGUUUUGGGACAUAGGUUACGAUUUGGAAUUGAUACAUGAUUCUGUGGCCCUCAAUUUACUGUAUAUUCAAACAGUCGCCGAAGUUGAGCGUGGAUGGAUUGUUGUUCCAAAACAAAUGAGGCAUCAAUUGGUCUCACAUUGUCAACAUAUUGAAAAAAAAGAAUAUUUAAAUCUAGCUCGAGGAUUAAAGUAUUAUGGAUAUAUACAAUUUGCUCCUUGUGUAUGUGAUUAUCCUCAAGUUGGUACGAAAGUGCAAGUGGCAAUAGGUAAGAAUGAAUUAACAUUAAGGAUACUUAAAAUUAAGGAUGAGGAUCAGGAAGCAGUCUUCAGAGUAACUCGCAUGCGUUGUUGGAGAAUAACAACAUUAAGCAAUGGUGUAGACAAAUGUGACGAGAAUCUUGAAUGCAGUUUAGAAUUGUCGUUUGAGUAUCUCAUGUCUAAAAAACAGUUGCAAUGGAUUACAAUUUCUUCCGAACAGGCAAUUUUAAUGUCCGUAUGUUUACAGUCCAUGAUUGAUGAAUUGUUAUUGAAAAAUGUUGGUGGAGUUAAAAAUCAGGAUUUAACAGAAAAAGUAUGGACGUAUAUCACGAGAGAUGGUGAGAAUCGAAUUUUCAUGGGUUCGCUGAUUUCUGAAGACUUUAACCAAUCAAAUAAGGAAACUGAAAGCAGUCAACAUACAAAAGGACCUAUCAUGAAAAAUCUAAGUGAAAAAAUUGGAAUAACAAAAAUUAAAAGGCCAAGUAGAAAUUCUAAAAUGUUAUUUUCUAAGUCAGAAAGGACUGAUUGUGAUACAAUGGAAAACAAUGCAUUUCAUGUUAUUGGAGACGAUGAUCUUUAAAAUGCCAAUGAGAACCGUAUGUAAUUAAUUUAAAAUUAACAACGGCAUACAAAUAAUUAUCCAGCUGAAAUAAUCCUCCUGGAUUUUUUUAAUUUGAAGAAAUUUUUUCAUAUUUUUAACCAUAAGGGAUAUUUAAAAAUGGACAUAUUAAACAUUUAUUUAACAUUUUAAAAAUCCAUGUUGACCGUUUCACAUCACCAUUAAUUUCCACGUGAAAAAUCCGGACUGAAAUCUAUGCUAAUGUUUUCAGCUGGGUAGGAAAUCUUAUUUCAACUAGCCUUUUUUUUAGCCAAUAUAUAAAUUCAGAAAUAUACAUUUUAAUACAGUGGUACCUCGAUUAUCCGAACUAACUUAGGUAGGAUCGGGUUCGGAAUUGAUUUUGAGAAUUUUUGUCUAUGUGGAAUUGGUACUCCUGCGCAGGUUCAACAACCAAGACCUCGACUCAUUAAAACAUGUAGAUUACAAACGACAAAAUAAAGAUGCAACUAAAACAAGUCAAGUUGUUAAAUGAACAACGAAGAAGACAUUGCCAAUAAUUAUGGUAUUUUGCCGUGAGAUUCUUACAAUAAUAAUCAAAAAUUUCCCGAUGAAGAAAUGAUACUCUGUACAUGUAUUCAGCUCAUUUUACACGCAAAGAAACUGUACACUUAUCCCUUUGUGACAGAGGUCAAGCACAUUUUUGUAAAAUUUUAAAUUACCGUUUAUUACUCCAAAUUUUGAUAACUGAUUAUUAAUUAGCAAUUGUCAAUUAAUUAUCAAUUAUUAUUCCAUUGUUUACAUCCAGAUUUUUAUAUCCUAAUAUAAACUUUUAAAUGACUACUUGCAACCCUACACUGCAAUGAACGGUAAUUUUGUUUGUUCCUGCAAGAUUAACGAAAAAUUAUUUAUUCUUUACUAAUAAAAUCCACAGAUUUAUAACUACGAAAAGCAUUCUAUAAUAAGUAGGCUUAGUAAGGAGGCCAAUGAAAUCUCUGGUGAUAUUGAUUUUUUUGAAUGUAAUGUAACGAGAUUCACCUCAUUAUUACGUCGACUUGUACUUGACUUUAAUUAGUAAACGGCAAGCUAGACAUUAUUUGUAUUUCCUAUUCUAAUGUUAUAAAUAUGUUGCGUGUGCAACUUCUAGUUUUUUAGGAAUACCAAUGUAUGAAAGGGCUUGUCCCGUUUGUUCAAUAAAUAAAUAAUAAUUUUCAAUUUUUAA